CGCCCGCGAAACGUCGAGGGUUUAGCAAACACUACACUUUUACACUAAAAUGGAGACAGCGAAAGACACCGUACAGCACGACGCCGUUUUGCCGGCCGGCGACGAUGAUACUCCGACGUUAAGCUCUCACGCUCUAGAAGCACUGAAAGAGUUCCUCGCCGAGCAGAGCCGAGCAGUUGAGGAAGCUUCGUCAGCUGCGGCGGAGGAUGACGUGGCGCUGGUAUCGGAGGAUUGGCGGCUAAGCCAGUUCUGGUAUAACCGCGAAACAGCUGAAACUGUCGCUAAUGAAGUCCUCAAUCUCUGCCGGUCGAUUGAUUCGCCGGCGAUUGCCUGCAUUGCUUGCCCCACACUUUAUGCUUAUCUUAAGAAAAUUGACCCUAAUGCACCUGCACAAAUUCUCGAAUAUGACAAACGGUUUGAACAGUAUGGAAGUGAGUUCACAUUCUACGACUACAACCUACCAGAAGAUCUCCCUUCUUCAAUGAAACACUCAUAUCCAAUAAUUGUUGCAGAUCCUCCUUACCUGAGUCAGGAAUGCUUAGAGAAAGUUGCUAAAACAAUUUCUUUUCUCACGAGACCAGGACAAGCCUACUUGCUUUUACUCACAGGUGAAGUGCAAAGUGGUAGGGCUUCCGAGCUCUUGGGUUUACGUCCAUGCGCUUUUAGGCCAGAUCACUCCAGCAAACUAGGCAAUGAAUUUCGACUGUUUACAAAUUAUGACCCAGGGACAAGGCUAGGUGGCUGGGAGCAGGUGUAACAAACACUUCUCCAAUUGGAAAUCUUCUUCUCCAAAGAAACCGUAGGUUGACAUUGGUUUGUAAUAGAAGUUUUUUCGAACAUACUUCAAAUCUACACAUCCUUCCAUGGAAUAUUAUCUCAAAAUCUUCUUCAGUUACCUAAACAUACCUGAAAGAGCACAAAAUAUUACUAUGAUUAUAUAGUUGUAUGUAUUCUGGUUUCGUGUUGAGUUACUCGUUUCUUUCUAUGGGAAAACCUUCUGUGAAA